CGGCGCAUGCGGAUCUGGCCGAGCGGCGGGCCGGCGGGGCCGAACAGAGCCGGGCCGGACCCGGCGGCGAACGCCGGCAGGGAGGGCGGUGCUGCGCGGCGAGCAUCGGGGACCGCAUCGGCGGCCGGCGCCCAGGCCUUGCCGUCCCCAAUGGCACAAGUUCAAGGAGAAGUGGACAACAUGGAGGGCCCACCAGCCUCCAACAACAACAACAACCCCGCAGCCCGCUGGGAGAGCCCAGAUCGGGGCUGGGAUCGGGAGCCCCCGGCAGCUGCCAACACCACCCCGGCAUCACUCUUUGAGUGCUCACGGAUCAAGGCCUUAGCAGCAAGAUCGCCUGAUUGGAGCUGCAGCUCCAACCCCCAGCUCCAUGUAACUCAGAAUGUUAAAACCAUCACGCUGGGUGUAGAGAUGAAUGCCUGGGACCCCAGCUCUCAGGAGCGGGCUGUGUUGGGGAGUGGGGAGUCACGGGAGGUCACCUGGAAGCGUAGGAUGAUGGUCCAGACCAGCCCCAGCGUCAGCCGGUGGUUCCCGUCCACGAUGUCAUGUGACCCCACGUUCUCCAGGUGCACACGCUGCUCCUUCAGGAACUGCAGGGCCUUGUCCACGUUCUCCAGCGAGUGGAUCCGCAUGCGGCCGCGAGCACCCCCUCACCAGCUGCUCCCCCGACAGCACUUCCAGGAGCCGGGUGAGCACAAAGCCAUCCCGAAGGUCUGCAUAGAGGUCCCCGAUGUGGCAGCCCACGCGGGCGAGAUCCAAGUCAUCAAAAUCGAGACAGAAGACAACAGAGAGACCCGCUCAGCCAAGGACGCUCUGCUUUUGUGGUGCCAGAUGAAGACAGCUGGUUACCCUGAGGUAAACAUCCAGAAUUUCACCACCAGCUGGAGAGAUGGCCUGGCCUUCAAUGCCCUCAUUCACCGUCACAGGCCUGAUCUUGUGGACUUCAGCAAACUCACCAAGUCCAACGCCAACUACAACCUGCAGAGAGCAUUCCGCACAGCCGAACAGCACCUGGGGCUAGCACGUCUGCUGGACCCCGAAGAUGUGAACAUGGAGGCUCCAGAUGAGAAGUCCAUCAUCACCUAUGUGGUCUCUUUCUACCACUACUUCUCCAAGAUGAAGGCUCUGGCUGUGGAGGGAAAGCGGAUUGGGAAGGUCCUGGACCAGGUGUUGGAGGUAGACAAGAUCAUAGAGCGCUAUGAGGAGCUGGCGGCGGAGCUGCUGGCCUGGAUUCAGCGCACCGUGGGCCUCAUCAGCAACCAGAAGUUUGCCAACUCCCUGAGUGGGGUGCAGCAGCAGCUGCAGGCUUUCACUGCCUAUUGUACGCUGGAGAAGCCCGUCAAGUUUCAGGAGAAGGGGAACCUGGAAGUGCUGCUCUUCAGUAUCCAGAGCAAACUGCGGGCCCACAACCGGCGCCUCUUUGUGCCUCGGGAAGGCUGUGGCAUCUGGGAUAUCGACAAGGCAUGGGGUGACCUGGAGAAAGCUGAGCAUGAGCGGGAGGCAGCCCUCAGAGCCGAGCUCAUCCGACAGGAGAAGUUGGAACUCUUGGCUCAAAGAUUUGACCACAAGGUGGCCAUGAGGGAGAGCUGGCUGAAUGAGAACCAGCGUCUGGUCUCCCAGGACAACUUCGGCUAUGAACUGCCAGCAGUGGAGGCCGCCAUGAAGAAGCAUGAAGCCAUCGAAGCAGACACGGCAGCCUAUGAGGAGCGGGUUCAGGGUGUAGCGGAGCUGGCCCAGGCAUUGGCAGCUGAAGGCUACUAUGAUGCCCGGCGGGUAGCAGCCCAACGAGACAGUGUCCUUCGCCAGUGGGCCCUGCUGACUGGGCUGGUAGGUGCCCGGCGGGCCCGGCUGGAACAGAAUCUGGCCCUGCAAAAGGUCUUCCAAGAGAUGGUCUACAUGGUGGAUUGGAUGGAGGAGAUGCAGACUCAACUGCUGACUCGGGAAUGUGGGCAGCAUCUGGUGGAGGCCGACGACCUGCUACAGAAGCAUGGAUUACUGGAGGGGGACAUCGCAGCCCAGAGUGAGCGGGUGGAGGCCCUCAAUGCUGCGGCCCUGAGAUUCUCUCAGCUGCAGGGCUAUCAGCCCUGCGAUCCUCAGGUCAUUUGCAACCGCGUGAACCACGUACACGGCUGUCUGGCGGAGCUGCAGGAUCAGGCGGCCCGGCGACGAGCGGAGCUGGAGGCAUCACGGAGCCUGUGGGCGCUGCUCCAAGAGCUGGAGGAGGCGGAGAGCUGGGCGCGGGACAAAGAGCGCCUCCUAGAGGCCACAAGCGGCAGUGGCGGCACGGCGGGGGGCGCGCACGACCUGUCCAGCACCGCUCGCCUGCUAGCGCAGCACAAAAUCCUGCAGGGCGAACUGGGCGGCCGGCGGACGCUGCUGCAGCAGGCGCUGCGACGCGGAGAGGAGCUGGCUGCGGCCGGUGGCUCUGUGGGUCCGGGUGCUGAGCCCUUGCACUUGGCCAGCCUAGCGGAGCGCGCAGCGAGCGCUCGGCGUCGGUGGCAGCGGCUGGAAGAGGCGGCUGCACGCAGGGAACGAAGGUUGCAGGAGGCUCGGGCUCUGCAUCAGUUCGGCGCGGACCUGGACGGGCUCCUGGACUGGCUUCGAGACGCGUACCGCCUGGCAGCCGCCGGUGAUUUCGGUCACGACGAGGCGUCCAGCCGUCGCCUGGCGCGCCAGCACCGCGCUCUCACCGGGGAGGUGGAAGCACAUCGCGGCCCAGUGAGUGGCCUUAGGCGCCAGCUGGCAACACUGGGAGGAGCCAGUGGGGCCGGGCCGCUGGUGGUGGCGCUGCAGGUGCGCGUGGUGGAAGCCGAGCAGUUGUUCGCCGAGGUGACCGAGGUGGCCGCGCUGAGACGCCAGUGGCUUCGGGACGCGCUGGCCGUGUACCGCAUGUUCGGCGAGGUGCACGCGUGCGAGCUGUGGAUUGGAGAGAAAGAGCAGUGGCUGCUGGCCAUGCGUGUACCCGAUUCCCUCGACGACGUUGAGGUGGUGCAGCACCGAUUUGAAAGUCUGGACCAGGAGAUGAACAGUCUGAUGGGCCGAGUCCUGGAUGUGAACCACACAGUUCAGGAGUUGGUGGAAGGAGGUCACCCCAGCUCAGAUGAGGUGCGCUCCUGUCAGGACCACCUCAACAGCAGGUGGAACCGCAUCGUGGAGCUGGUGGAACAGCGCAAAGAAGAGAUGAGCGCCGUGUUGCUGGUGGAGAACCACGUACUGGAGGUGGCCGAGGUGCGCGCCCAGGUGCGGGAGAAGCGGCGCGCGGUGGAGAGCGCGCCCCGGGCGGGCGGAGCCCUGCAGUGGCGUCUGAGUGGCCUGGAGGCGGCCCUGCAGGCACUAGAGCCGCGACAGGCGGCGCUGCUGGAGGAGGCGGCGCUGCUGGCGGAGCGCUUCCCCGCCCAGGCGACGCGCCUGCACCAGGGCGCAGAGGAGCUGGGAGCCGAGUGGGGCGCGCUGGCCAAAGAGGCUCAGGCUUGCGGCGAGGCCGUAGCGGCGGCAGGCCGUCUGCAGCGUUUCCUGCGCGAUCUGGAUACUUUCCUGGACUGGCUGGUGCGGGCUCAGGAGGCGGCGGGCGCCGUCGAGGGGCCGCUGCCGCGCAGCCUGGAGGAAGCGGACACCCUGCUGGCGCGCCACGCCGCACUCAAGGAGGAGGUGGAUCAGCGCGAGGAGGACUACACGCGCAUCGUGGCUGCCAGCGAGGCGCUGCUGGCGUCCGACGGCGCCGAGCUGGGCCCCGGCCUGGCGCUAGACGAGUGGCUGCCGCACCUUGAGGUUGGCUGGCACAAGCUGCUCGGCUUGUGGGAGGAGCGCAGGGAGGCGCUGGUCCAGGCGCACGUCUAUCAGCUCUUCCUAAGAGACCUGUGUCAGGCGCUCGCGGUGCUGCGCAACCAGGAGGUGGCGCUGUCUGGCGCUGAGCUCCCUUGCACGCUGGAGUCAGUAGAAGAGGCGAUGAAGAGGCACCGGGAUUUUCUCACCACGAUGGAGCUGAACCAGCAAAAGAUGCAUGUGGCGGUGCAAGCUGCAGAGAGCCUGCUGCGGCAAGGCAGCGCCUAUGGGGAGCAGGCGCAGGAGGCGGUGGCCCGGCUGCUGGAGAAGAGCCAAGAGAACCAGCUGAGGGCCCAGCAGUGGAUGCAAAAGCUCCUGGAUCAGCUUGUGCUGCAGCACUUCCUGAGAGACUGUCAUGAGCUGGAUGGCUGGAUCCACGAGAAAAUGCUGACAGCUCGCGAUGGCACUCGGGAGGACAGCCACAAGCCGCACAAGAGGUGGCUCCGGCACCAGGCGUUCACGGCUGAGCUGGCCCAGAAUAAGGAGUGGCUGGAGAAGAUCGAGAGGGAGGGCCAGCAACUGAUGCAGGAGAAACCUGAGCUGGCAGCUUCUGUGCGCAAGAAGUUGGGGGAGAUCCGGCAGUGCUGGGCGGAGCUGGAGAGUACCACGCAGGCCAAGGCGCGCCAGCUCUUCGAGGCCAGCAAGGCCGACCAGUUAGCGCAGAGCUUUGCAGAGCUGGACAAGAGGUUACUUCACAUGGAAAGCCAGCUACAAGAUGUGGACCCUGGUGGGGACCUGGCCACCGUCAACAGCCAGCUCAAGAAGUUACAGGCAUGGGUUCAAGAGCGGCUACCGCUGGCCAUGCAGACCGAGCGAGGCAAUGGCUUGCAGGCUGUCCAGCAGCACAUCAAAAAGAACCAGGGCCUGCGGCGGGAGAUCCAGGCUCACGGGCCGCGCUUGGAAGAGGUGCUGGAGCGCGCGGGCGCGCUGGCCUCGCUGCGCAGCCCGGAGGCCGAGGCUGUGCGCCGUGGCCAGGAGCAGUUGCAGAGCGCUUGGGCGGGACUGCGGGAGGCCGCAGAACGACGGCAGCAGACGCUGGACGCCGCCUUCCAGGUGGAACAGUACUACUUUGAUGUGGCGGAGGUGGAGGCAUGGCUGGGCGAGCAGGAGCUGCUCAUGAUGAGUGAGGACAAGGGCAAGGAUGAACAGAGCACCCUGCAGCUGCUCAAGAAGCACUUGCAACUGGAGCAGGGCGUGGAGAACUACGAGGAAAGCAUUGCACAGCUGUCGCGCCAGUGCCGAGCCCUCCUGGAGAUGGGACACCCAGACAGUGAGCAGAUCAGCCGGCGACAGUCACAGGUGGAUCGCCUCUAUGUGGCGCUCAAGGAGCUGGGGGAAGAACGCAGGGUAAGCCUGGAACAACAGUACUGGCUAUACCAGCUCAGCCGCCAGGUGGACGAGCUGGAACACUGGAUCGCUGAGAAGGAGGUGGUGGCUGGCUCACCGGAGCUGGGCCAGGACUUCGAGCAUGUGUCGGUGCUACAGGAGAAAUUCUCAGAGUUCGCCAGUGAGACCGGAACUGCAGGGCGGGAGCGGCUGGCGGCAGUCAACCAGAUGGUGGACGAGCUGAUUGAGUGCGGCCACACAGCGGCGGCCACCAUGGCUGAGUGGAAGGACGGGCUGAACGAGGCCUGGGCUGAACUGCUGGAGCUCAUGGGCACUCGAGCCCAGCUGCUUGCUGCCUCUCGGGAGCUCCAUAAGUUCUUCAGCGAUGCCCGAGAGCUCCAAGGGCAGAUUGAGGAGAAGCGGAGGCGGCUGCCCCGCUUGACAGCACCACCUGAGCCCAGACCCAGUGCCAGCUCCAUGCAGCGGACCCUGCGAGCCUUUGAGCAUGACCUGCAGCUCCUCGUGUCCCAGGUACGGCAGCUGCAGGAGGGGGCAGCCCAGCUGCGGACUGUGUAUGCGGGUGAGCACGCCGAGGCCAUCGCCAGCCGGGAGCAGGAGGUGUUGCAGGGCUGGAAGGAGCUGCUGGCAGCCUGUGAGGAUGCUCGUCUGCACGUCAGCUCCACGGCUGACGCCCUGCGCUUCCACAGCCAGGCCCGUGACCUGCUUUCCUGGAUGGACGGCAUCGCGGGCCAGAUCGGAGCAGCUGACAAACCCAGGGAUGUGUCAUCGGUGGAGGUGCUUAUGAACUACCACCAGGGCCUGAAGACAGAACUGGAGGCUCGUGUGCCUGAGCUGACGGCCUGCCAGGAGUUGGGGCGCUCCCUACUACACAACAAGAGUGCCAUGGCUGAUGAGAUCCAGGCACAGCUGGACAAGCUGGGAACCCGGAAGGAGGAGGUGUCUGAGAAGUGGGACCGUCACUGGGAAUGGCUGCAACAGAUGCUGGAGGUGCACCAGUUUGCUCAGGAGGCCGUGGUGGCUGAUGCCUGGCUGACAGCCCAGGAGCCACUCCUGCAGAGUCGGGAGCUGGGCAGCAGUGUGGACGAGGUGGAGCAGCUUAUCCGGCGACAUGAGGCCUUCCGAAAAGCAGCAGCAGCCUGGGAGGAGAGGUUCAGCUCUCUACGGCGCUUGACCACGAUCGAGAAACUCAAGGCAGAACAGAGCAAGCAGCCACCCACCCCCUUACUGGGGCGCAAGUUCUUUGGGGACCCCACCGAGCUGGCGGCCAAGGCGGCGCCCUUGCUGCGUCCAGGGGGCUAUGAGAGGGGCCUGGAGCCCUUGGCUCGCCGGGCCUCGGACACGCUGUCAGCGGAGGUGCGGACCCGGGUUGGGUAUGUGCGCCAGGAGCUCAAGCCCGAGCGUCUCCAGCCGCGCAUUGACCGGCUCCCUGAGGCCUCGGGGAGGGUAGAACCCGCGGCCCCAACAGCCGCAGCGUUGGACACGAGGACGGACACCCCUGGGACCCCCGCGGUGACGGAGCAGCUCCGGCCCAGGCCGGAGCGCCAGGAGUCCGCGGAUCGUGCGGAGGAGCUGCCCCGGAGACGACGGUCAGAACGCCAGGAGUCCAGCGAACAACCAGAGGAGGCUGCGCGGAGGCGGCGGCCCGAGCGCCAGGAGUCCGCGGACCAUGAGGCACCACACAGCCUCACUCUGGGACGUUAUGAGCAGAUGGAGAGGCGGCGGGAGCGGCGGGAGCGGAGGUUGGAGCGACAGGAGUCCAGCGAACAGGAGACUCCAACCAGGGGAGAGCUGGUCAAAGGGAAGGCCACCCUAGCUGACAUUGUGGAGCAGCUGCAGGAGAAAGAGGCUGGCCCUGGGCUCCCUGCUGGGGUGCCGUCGCUGCCUCAGCCUCGUGAACUUCCCCCCGGUCGCCUGCCCAACGGGCUUGAGCCGCCCGAGCGGACACCUCGGCCCGAUCGGCCGCGGGCACGGGACCGGCCCAAGCCGCGCCGGCGGCCAAGGCCACGAGAGGGUGGUGAGGGCGGGGGAAGCCGGCGCUCGCGCUCCGCCCCUGCCCAGGGAGGCUCCGCCCCCGCUCCUCCGCCUCCGCCCACUCACACAGUGCAGCACGAGGGCUUCCUUCUGCGCAAGCGCGAGCUCGACGCUAACCGCAAGUCGUCCAACCGGUCGUGGGUGAGCCUGUACUGUGUGCUCAGCAAGGGGGAGCUAGGCUUCUACAAGGACGCCAAAGGGCCAGCAUCGGGGGGCACGCAUGGUGGGGAGCCAUUGCUCAGCCUGCACAAAGCCACCAGCGAGGUGGCUAGUGACUACAAGAAAAAGAAGCAUGUCUUCAAGCUCCAGACCCAGGAUGGCAGUGAGUUCUUGCUCCAGGCUAAAGAUGAGGAGGAGAUGAAUGGCUGGCUGGAGGCUGUGGCUAGCUCAGUGGCAGAACACGCCGAGAUCGCCCGUUGGGGCCAGACACUACCUACCACAUCGUCCACAGAUGAGGGCAACCCCAAGCGUGAGGGCGGGGAGCGUAGGGCCAGCGGGCGCCGGAAGUGACUUCAGGUACCCUCCCCCCUUGGAGUCUGACAAGUCUCCUUGCCCCUCCUCUCCGCACUGUGGACACAAAGACACCUUCACAUCCGCAAGGGCAGGAAUGACUGCGGAUGUGUCAUGGUGGGCCCUGGAAUGGAAGGGACGUCUCCUGCACUCCAAGGAAUGGUGGUGGGGAUUGCUGUCCCUAUAGCCAUAUCUCGGUCCCUUCCCGCUCGCCAACCCCACCCCAGGUGCUGGGGCUCCAUUCUUUUUAUGCAAUAACUGAGCUUGGUGGGGACGGGCAGGGAGCCAGUUGAGCCAAGCCCCCUGCCCCAUCGUCAGAUCCUGCCCCAAGAAGCUGGAGUGGCGAGGGAUCUGGGAGGUGGUGGUAUUCGUUGGCCUCCUCUCCGCCCUAAGGAUGGACAUGGGGGCGCUGGUGAGGUCCCCUGGACCAUCCAGGGUGCUAGGGGGUGGGGAGGGGACACGCUCCCUCCCUGCCUUUACCUCACUUCCAAUGCUGCCUUGAUCUGUCUGGGAAGAGGGAGCGAAGGGGUCCUUAGCCCCUGCACUCCGCCAUCUCAGCGCCAUGCGGUUAAUUCCUGACUUAGUUUAUUUUUGCAAAAAUGUAGACCUCCCCCUCCGUCCCCCGCCCCGCAUCCGCGAAAGCUUUUAAUAGGAGGGGAGUCAAAGUUCAAAACUGUCUUCCUCUCUCCUCCCCCAUCCAGCUGUAAAUGCCACUUCCCGAGGGGAGGGGGGUGGGGAAGCCCUCCCCCCUGCAUGCUUCUGGCUGGAGCACCUCCCUGGGAGUGGGGGGUAUCAGGGUUACAGGCAGCCCCAGUGGCUGCCUGGAGAAGCCGCCAGGGCCGGAGGUGCGGGGCGGUGUGGCAGGCGCACACUGUAUGUACCUACAAUAAACCCUUUGGCUUUGA